GGACACAAGGCGCGCAGCGAUGACGCGCUACUUCGGCGCGUCGUCGGGAAGCCGUGCGCAGGCGCGGGUAGUGCUGCUGCCGCGGCGGUUGGGGCGGCGGGGCCCCGGGCGGCGUUGACCAUGACCCAGCAGGGCGCGGCGCUGCAGAACUACAACAACGAGCUGGUCAAAUGCAUUGAGGAGCUGUGCCAGAAGCGGGAGGAUCUGUGCCGGCAGAUCCAGCAGGAGGAGGACGAGAAGCAGCGGCUGCAGAAUGAGGUGAGGCAGCUCACAGAAAAGCUGGCCCGCGUCAAUGAGAACCUGGCACGCAAGAUUGCCUCUCGCAACGAGUUCGACCGGACCAUCGCGGAGACGGAGGCCGCCUACCUCAAGAUCCUGGAGAGCUCCCAGACUUUGCUUAGUGUCCUCAAGAGGGAAGCUGGGAACCUGACCAAGGCUACAGCCUCAGACCAGAAAAGUAGCGGUGGCAGGGACAGCUGACAGGACCACAGGCGGGCCUGCCUCCGUGCGCCCCUCAGCUCAGCCAGGCAAGUCCGUCCUCAGCGCGUCUUUCAUCAUGGCAGCAGCUGCCUUCUCUCAACCUCCACUGGCAUCGGUGACAAGCCCAGGACACAGCCCACCCGGGGGGGUGGGUCCUGGCUUUCUGCUCACACAGGCUAUGGGAAUGGUGGGCUCCAAGUCAGCUCUACAAGGGGCCUGUCUCUGAGGUACCCACUCUCCUGGACUGCCAGGGAGGCCCUGGUUGGAGUCUGAGCAUCAUGGGGGUCCCCCUACCUUGUCCCUCUUCAGCCAGGGCAGGCACAGGGGUUCUCCACCCCAGAACCCAAACCUCAGGGCUCACCCCUGUGGCCUGUGACUGUCAAUAAAGAUUAUCUUUGUAAA